AUGGAUCAGGAAUCGUUUCGUCGUCUUCUCCAAACUCCACGUCCAGGAGGAUCAUCUACUCUCGGUUCAGCUUCGAGUUCACGUAGCUCCCUACUUCCCCCUCCAAAAAAAAAGAUCGCAGAGGAUGCCUCUCAACCGGCAUUUAAGCCUAGGACCGUGAAGAAGAAAGCGCCAGAUGCGAAAACUUCAAAAUAUCGCGACCGUGCGGCAGAACGAAGGGUUGGAGGUGGAAAUGACUACGCACACGUUGAAGCCGUACUCGAAGACUUUGAGAGGAAAAAUGCUGAUGAAGACAAGGCGAAGGUUGAAGAGCAGAGGAAGUAUCUUGGUGGCGACAGCGAACAUUCCAUCCUUGUAAAAGGCCUUGAUUUUGCGUUACUUGAGCAGAAUAAAGCGAGGUCUGUAAUGACUAACGAAGAUCUUGACGCUCUAGACCAAGCGUUUCUGGAGUCAUCGUCCCAUCCCCCGACAACCGUUCCGAAGAAACGAACCCGUGAAGAGCUGCUGCGGGAACUGAAGGAGCAGAGAGCCGGUUCUAAAUCAAGUAAUAAUUUUGCAGACGGCGCUGCUGAUGAAGAAGCUCGCUUGCUGGAGCAGGCCAAGCUAAAGGGAAAAUUCAAGCCUAUAGGCCAGCCAGAAGUUAAAAAGAAGAAGAAGCUAAAAUCAGACGGUGCUGAAGGUGAAAAGAAGAAGAAGAAAAGAAAGGUAGACAAUGAAGAUUCUACCCUUUCAAAAGCAAACGCUCCAACGGGUUCCUCAAUGCCUCCACCACCUGACCCAGUAAAAGCGGGUUCCGAGCCAGCAAAAGUGGAUACCACAAGUGUUCCUGCUCAGGAAGAGGUCAUCGACGAAGAUUUUGAUAUAUUUGCCGGUGCAGGCGACUACGAAGGCAUAGACCUCGGUGAUGACGACGAAGAAAGUGAAACUGAAGCUAAUAAGCCAAAAUCUGACAACAAUCCAGAAAUCCCUAGAGGAAAAUCCCCAGUGCCAGAUGGUCCAAGGCGGUGGAUAGAAACAGAUGACGUGGAACUACCAACCAAACCCAGUAUACCGCUUCCUACUUCUAUAACGAAACAGGCGUCAUCAUCCAGAUCCUCACCUCCACGCCACGGGGAUCUCAGUGACGACGAAGAUAUGGAGGGCGAUCAGCCUAUGCGACUCGUACCUCUUUCGAGCUCUGCGCUGCCAUCAAUAAAGGAAUUCUUGGCCAUGGAUAAGGCUGCCAGUUCUCGGGACAAGAAAAAGAAACGCAAGGACAAGAAGAAUGAUGGCGACGAUAGAGAUGAAGAAUCAUCGAAGAAGUCACUUGAAGCCAAAGUCGAUCGAGAUUAUCAAAGGUUAAAAUCGUUCACGGACAAGAAGGCUGCAGCAGACAAAAAAUAA